UUUCUUGUAUCAACGUUUUCUUUCAUUGCAGCGGCCAAGAUGGUUCGCAUGAACGUGCUGGCAGAUGCCUUGAAUGCCAUUUCCACGGCAGAGAAGAGGGGCAAGAGACAAGUUCUCAUAAGGCCCUGCUCCAAAGUGAUCAUCAAAUUUUUGACUGUGAUGAUGAAGCAUGGAUAUAUAGGGGAGUUUGAAAUUGUCGACGACCACAGAAAUGGGAAAAUUGUUGUUAAUCUGACAGGAAGAAUAAACAAAUGUGGUGUCAUCAGCCCAAGGUUUGAUGUGCCCAUUAGUGACAUGGAGAAAUGGACUAACAACCUUUUGCCCUCAAGACAGUUUGGGUUCCUCGUUCUGACCACAUCAAGCGGUAUCAUGGAUAACGAAGAAGCAAGACGAAAACAUCUUGGAGGAAAAAUCCUUGGCUUCUUUUUCUAGUAGUGUACAUAAACUGUGGAAUAAAGUUGCCAGAAAGAAA